GCUUCUUGGAGGCAUGAAAGGGGUUCACCUUGACUCCUGGAGCCGCAGUGGGGCAGGUACCCGCCACUGCACCUGUUUCUCUGGCACCUGCCGCACAGCUGCUCCCACCCAGAUCUCCUCGCUGGAGCCUUGCCUGGCGUGGAACCCUGGAGGCACCCCUACCUCUCCCAGCCUCCCACCCGGGCAGCUGCCACACUCAGCUCCUUCUCUAAGGAAGGUUUCACCUCCAGCCCGGAGCAGUCAGGAUUACAGAAAGCCCCACCCUCGGCUCCAGGGACGGCCAUGACCGAAGUUGGCUGGUGGAAGCUGACCUUCCUCCGGAAAAAGAAAUCUGCUCCGAAGGUGCUGUAUGAGAUCCCCGACACCUACGCUCCAACGGAGGGCAGUGCCGAGCCCCCUCGGCCUGAGGGGGGGGACCCCAAUGGCAACUAUAACACCCGCCUGGAGAAGAUCGUGGACAAGAACACAAAGGGCAAGCACGUCAAAGUCUCCAAUUCAGGCCGCUUCAAGGAGAAGAAGAAAGUUCGGGCCACGUUGGCAGAGAACCCCAACCUCUUUGAUGACAGUGAUGGCAAAGGACAGUGAAGGAGGCCAAGGAGGACCCUAAUACCUCCCUACUCCUGCCGUCAGCCGGACCUGCGACAGGAGCUGGCCACGCUGGCCUCCUUGGCCACAGCUGAUUCCGUGGGGCCCUUGAUGCCUGCUGGCAGGCAGGAUCUGGUUUUAGGUUUUUAUUUAUGUGCCCCAGCUUUCUGGAAGGUCUGGGUUCUCCCAAGGUCGUCCCACGUCCCCAGCACAUACAAAGGCACUCCAGUCCAAGGAUGAGAAGUCCCACGCAGAAGGACAGCCCUCCUCAGAGCCGUGGCAGUGCCGGCAGGGAGG